UGCUACUGGAUUGUUUAGAGGAGGCGCAGCAUAAAUACCUCUGAAGGAAUCAAAAAGGCCAUUUCGAAAGAUGAGCGGUUGUCGCAUUUUCAUCGGUCGGUUGAAUCCAUCUGCGAGAGAGAGGGACGUUGAACGUUUCUUUAAGGGUUACGGCAGGAUCAGAGACAUUGACCUGAAGAGAGGUUUCGGCUUUGUGGAAUUUGAUGAUCCAAGAGAUGCUGAAGAUGCAGUCUAUGAACUUGAUGGGAAAGAGCUCUGUAAUGAGAGGGUGACUAUAGAACAUGCCCGUGUACGCCUGCGAGGCGGGCGUGGGCGAGGUGGUGGAGGUCGUUUCCCUGACCGCUACGGGCGCGGCUCCCAGGACAGUCGUAGAAACCCACCUCCAAUGCGCACAGAGAAUCGUCUUAUUGUGGAGAACUUGUCCUCCAGGGUGAGCUGGCAGGACCUGAAGGAUUUCAUGAGACAAGCGGGAGAGGUUACAUUUGCUGAUGCCCAUCGCCCAAAACUCAAUGAGGGUGUGGUUGAGUUUGCAUCCCACAGUGAUAUGAAGAAUGCCCUCGACAAACUCUCUGGGAAAGAAAUCAAUGGAAGAAAAAUCAAGCUCAUUGAGGCUGUUCGAAAAAGGUCCAGGACCCGUUCUCGUUCCAACAGCUCAUCUCGUUCCCGUUCCCGCGGACGCUCUGUGUCACGUUCCCGGAGUCGCUCACAGUCACAAAGCCCCAAAUCCAACAACCGUGGCAGAAGCCGUUCAAACUCUGCCAGCAUUUCUCCCCCACGACGUAAGGAAGCAAAGAAAGCUUCGCGGGCCGAUUCUGGAUCCCCCAGCCCCCCUGCAGAGCGAGCCCCUCCAUCCCGUUCUCCGUCCACCGACAGCCGGCAUUAAAUGUUUCUGCUCUCACUAUUCAUAUGCUUUGUGCAGUUUGACACAGUACAGUGUACUACCCAGCCAGAGCAGCUUCAUCCCGUCUCGAUCGUGUCCUCUUGUACUGUACUUUCCAAAAUCGUCCUAUUUAAACAUCCAUUUCCUUUUGAGCUAAAUUUACUAAUACUUCAUCUUCCCCAUUACAGACAUCCGUGUCCUUUUGAACUAUGUUUUUCUUCGGUUCAUCACAGGCCUUCAUGUCCUGUUGAUUCACAUUUUCCUGAAGUACCAGUCCCCCUUGGGCCCCUGCCUCCCCUGUGUAUAUCUGUGCUAUUGUUUAUUGUUCAAAGCAUGCUGUAGGUAUGACUAAUGACCUUUAGUCAGGACAUUGCAAGCAUCGCUCUCUGCAAAACAUUGCAAAACAAGAGUCUUCAGAGUGUAGUCUGUUUUGCCAUGUUAAUGCUCAUGGUGAAAAUAUUUGGUGGUAACAGAAGUUUUGGAGUUUUUUUUUUGAAGUCUUGAAGUCUUUUUGAAUACUGAACAGCCUUUGCAAGGGUUUCUUUGAGAUCUCCGAACAGAUCGUUUGAGAUCUCUAAACAGGUCCUUUGAAAUCUCUUUGGCGUGUUGUCCUCUCAGGCAUGGCUCAGUAAUAGUUGGAACUGAUUACUGUCGUAGCAGUGGAACGGAUUUGAUAAGUCCUGUUCAUAUAUUUGUGUACAUGUAUGUGUUUAUUCUUGGUUCGAAACCGUUUCAUAAGAUAACCAAGGCAUUCUUUCUUUAAAAUGCAGUAAAUGCCAGGACUUUUAACAACAAAAUAUAAUUUGAAAAACAUUUUUAUAAUGAACAGAUUGUUUUCUUAAGCGCUCAAUUUUGAAGUGAAUGUCAAAACUGAAAUCAGUCAGCUUUGAACUUAACGUCACAAGACAUUCAAAAGUUGUAUUAUAGUUCUUGAGAAUAAAAUAAA